AUGCCAAGCCCAAACCCAAAUACCGACAUCCCAACUCCCACGGUUGAUGCAGCAACUUACUACGACGUGGCUAGCCAGCAGUUAAACCUCGUCGUUACCUACUCCAGCGGCAUCCAUAAAAGACCAGAUAGCGUAGAAGUCCACUUGAUUACAAGCCCAUCUGCCACUGCUACCGAAAUUCCCGCAAUCAACUCGUCGCCUUUUACUAGCGGCCUCUCGGCCACCUUUACUUCUCUCGGGUCUGUUGAAUUAACCUGGGCCUGGGUUCCGGACAUGGAUGCAACCGCACAGCAGAUUACUCUGACUAUUGAGGGACAAACCCUUGCCCCAACGAUGGUCAAAAGACCGACUGUUACUACCACUUUCACCAUGGCCCAAGCCAACAAUCUAUUCACGCCAGGCCGAAAGUUCAUCAUCCAAUGCACUCCUAUUGCACCCGGCCUAUGGGCCACCCCAGUGAAUACCACCUUUUCUAUCCCCAAGUCCAGUUCAAUGUCGUCUAUCUCAUUGAACAACCAACCUCUUGUAUCCUCUGAGUCUACAAUGACAAGUCUCUCUGCGCAAGGAACAAAUACAAUGGAGGUCUGGUGGGGAACUCCUCAGGGAGCCAUUCAGACAGCCGAAUUCCCUCUCCAAAACUUCAAACCAGAAACAACACAAUUCGCCGGUACGUCGACAGUUUCUGGUUCAGGAUCUUGCCUGGCUUCCGCAUCUGUCAACUCUACCAACCAGCAGGUUUGGUGGAUUACGGAAACCGGGGCUAUUGAUGGACAAGUGAACAGUGGCAAAGGAUGGGCGCCACCUGGCACAGGACCUGGGGAGGCUUUCCCCUUCAAUAAGGCUAGUACAGCUUCAACAGUCAAUGGGGGUUCCAUGGCAAGUCUCAUACUACAGUACAAUAACGGAGCAAUCCUUUUCUGGGUUGACCCCAAAGGUGCUAUCGGUUGCUGCAGAUGGAUGGCUAGCUUGGGCUGGCAGACCGUUUUUGAUGCUCUUCCUCAGGGAACAGCAAGCGCCAGUAGCCAGCUCACUACAUUAUCCUUUGGCAGUACUGCUUACCUGUUCUGUGUUUCUCCGGAGGGCGCAGUCGUCGGUGGUAGUUGGUCCGACGCUAGCAUCGGUACUCUGGGUCCCAUGUCUCCAAUUGUAGUUGCAUCAGCUGGCAAUGCAGCGCCUGGCGGUGGAAUAGGUUCGUUCAGCGUCAGUGAUACGGUCGGCGGCAAUUCACAGGAGAUUGCAGUCUUAUGGACGACACCAAAAAACGGCAUCGAGAUCGCCUUUGUGUAUGAGGAGCCCUACUCAUUUCGCAACUUCCAGCGACCUCUUACUGCGGCUCAGUCAGUCUUAGGAGGAACGGGUAUUGCGGUUUAUUCCAACACAGCAAAUCAGUGCUCCGUUUGGUGGAUCGGACAAUACGGCGAUCUCAGGAGGACAAACGUGGAUCCCACAAAAGUCUCAUCGACGCCGACGCCCAACUGGCCUGUGUUUGAAGAGGUUGGCCCUGGUUCUUGCAGACAAACUCGGUCACUUAUUGUUCAGAAACUAUCUGGAACGCAGUUCGAUGUUUUUUAUGUAAAUACGAAAGGUGCAUUGGCUGGUUUGGCCUAUAGCCUCUAG